GUUUAUGAAUUGACGAAAGGGCACAGCUGUCCAGUGUUGUGCAGAUGAAAGUAACAUUAUUUGGUAUGGGUUUGAAUGUAAUGUGUAAUAAGGAAAGCAAAAGUAAAGAACAAAGAUGCUGAUCACAAAAACCCUACAUUAAACUGAUUAGCACUACAGUAUGUGAGGAUGAAACCAGGUUGUUGAAAGGAUCUGCUCACCAGCUACCCUGGCUGUGCUUUCAAAUUCAGUGUGUUAGUUUCAGCCUAAAAGUUAUUCCAUGUAAAUAGAAAGUUUACCAUUUUAGAAUGAAAUCAGAUCUCCUCACUCCAAAUGUGCUCUUCAUGUGAGAGGAGCUUGUAAUUCAAAACAGUUUUCCUAUGUGUGCAGUGGACAAUGAGAAAAGACAAUGUCCAUCAGAGUUUUUAAUAAAAAGGGUAUGUUGAAACCAACUUCUUCAUUCAAAUGUGAUUGAAGAGGAAAAGGAUGAUGGUGGUUCUGCUUCUACUGUGCAGGGUUAAUCUUUAGGCCAGCCCCUUGAGUCUGCCUCCAAUCUACAUGACAAUCCUCUGUGCACACCAUGAACUGUGUUCAGUACAAUCACAGCUCCGCAAGCUACAGAAAGUGUGCUGCAAACUAGAGAUUACUUCAAUCCUACAGGCAAGAUUAGGAAUGAUAUAGACAACUCUGCGAUUUACGCCAUCCUUUUCUUCCCACUCCAAGAAAGGUGAGAAUACGCUAAUAAAGACUAAUCACUGUGCUGUUAGAGUUACCAGAAGGAGAAGCCAUGUGCCAAAAUGUGCAUCUCAACUAAGCACCUGAAUUACUCUGCACCCCCCAGAGGCAAGGAAGUAAGGAGUAAACAAGAGAAGGCAAACUACGAAGACAGAGAAGGCAGAACAGAAACGAGCAAAGGGAAUAAAAGACGGAACAAUACUGAACACUUUGUAGACUUUUCUCUUCUUUUUUACCUCACUUGCCAUGUCUAAUUCCACCCCAGAUGCCUGCAAUGUAGACUCGGGUCUGGACAGUGUUCUUCCUCCAUCUCUCUAUGCUUUGGUUUUCACAUUGGGCUUGCCAGCAAACCUACUGGCCCUUUGGGCAGCUUGGCUUCAAGUGCGAAAAGGAAGAGAACUUGGUGUUUACUUACUCAACCUUUCUCUCUCUGACCUUCUACUUAUUUGUGCUCUUCCUCCCUGGACGGACUACUACCUUCGGAGGGAUGUGUGGGGAUAUGGCCCAGGUGCCUGUCGCUUAUUUGGCUUUGUUUUCUACACUAACUUGUAUGUGGGAGCUGCUUUCCUUUCUUGUGUCUCAGCUGACCGUUACCUGGCAGUGGCACAUCCCUUGAGGUUCCCAGGUGCAAGACCUAUUCGCUCUGCUGCUGCUGUCUCUGUACUGAUAUGGGUGCUUGAGUUGGCAGCCAACGCUCCACCACUGUUGGGAGAAGCUAUUCACCGAGACCGCUACAACCACACAUUUUGCUAUGAGAGCUAUCCUCUUUCUGGGAAAGGGGCUGCCUUAGCCAAUGUAGGGAGGGUUUUAGCUGGAUUUCUACUGCCCUGGGGGGUCAUGAUGCUGUGCUACGCUGGUCUCCUGCGAGCAUUAAGGGGUAGUGCAUCUUGUGAGCAAAGGGAACGGAGAAGAGUGCGACGACUAGCUUUAGGGCUUCCAUGUGUAGCACUUCUUUGUUAUGGACCCUACCAUGCUCUGCUGCUUCUACGCAGCUUGGUUUUUCUGCUGGGUGGUGGUUCUGUUGAUGCAGAUUCAGGAUGUGCACUUGAGGAGAGACUAUUCCCAGCAUACCAUGCAUCAUUAGCACUGGCCACAUUGAACUGUCUGGCAGAUCCUGCCCUUUAUUGCUUAGCAUGUCCUGGUGCAAGAGGUGAAUUGGCAAAAGUUGUAGGAGGGGUAGUGGCAUGGGCAUUGGGAAAGGAAAGGAGAGGUUGGGGAGAACGAGGUGGUAAUGGCAGAGGAUGUGGAGAAGGAGAGGAGGUGGGAAUGGUAGAGUUAAGAGGAAAUGGGAGAGAAUUUGUAGUGUGACUUUGGUUGAGGAGGAGGGUCAUAAACACUUUUGUUGCUCUGUUCAAUAAAGUAAAGCAAUGGCAUCUAA